GUCACCCCGCGGGUCCCCCGGGCGCCGCUCGCCCCCGCCUCCUGCCCGCGGGUUUCAUGGCAGAGAAUGUCGGCGUCUCCCUCCUUCGGUGGCGGGCUACAAGCAUUCCCUGGAGACAUGGACCACUCAGCGGAUGCAUCCGGGCUCCUGGAAGGCUCCGAUAUUGGGUCUCAGAAAGAGAGAGUGGUGACAGAAGAGGAAUGGCUACAAAAAUGGGAAAUGGGCAACAUCGGGUUUCACAAGGAACAACGGCAUCCGCUCCUCCAAAAGUAUCUGGAUGUUCUUUUAAAUGGCAGGAGUGGACUGAGGAUAUUUUUCCCACUUUGUGGUAAAGCCGUAGAGAUGAAAUGGCUGGCAGACAUGGGGCACACUGUUGUUGGUGUGGAAGUCAGCGAGCAAGCAGUGAAGGAAUUUUUUUCAGAUCACAGUCUGCCUUAUUGUGAGGAGCCAGUCCCUGAGAUUUCAGGAGCAAAAAUGUUCCAGAGUACCUCUGGCAACAUUUCUCUCUACUGCUGCAGUAUUUAUGACUUGUCCAGCUCGAUAGUUGGCAAGUUUGAUGGGGUUUGGGACAGAGGAGCUCUUGUAGCCGUGAAUCCGUGUGACAGACAACGCUAUGCCAGUUUGAUGAUCAGCCUAGUGGAGAAAAAUUCUUCUUAUCUCCUUGUUACUGUUUCAUAUGAUCCAAACAAACACAAAGGCCCACCAUUUUAUGUUCCUGAAUCUGAAAUUAAAAGUUUGUUUGGCAACUGCUGUGAAAUUAGGUGUCUUGAAAAAGUUGAUGACUUCUCAGAGAGGCACAGACAGUGGGGACUAGAUUAUUUUCUGGAGCUAUUGCUGGUUGAUGCUGUCUGCCUGGCACUCUGUAACUCGUCCUCGUCAGCCAGCAGCCCUGGGAGUGUGGCAGCUGUGGUUCAAACACUGUUUUCUGGGACACUGGCCUUGCACCAGGCUGGGCAGAGAGAGGAGGGAAGCUGCUGCAAGUUGGUUCUCUCCAUCCCUGUGAAUUCAUGUCAAGUGAAGAGCUGGCAGCGAGUGGGCAAGGCAAGGCAGCAGCUGUCAAGAGGAAAUUACCAUCCAGCAAGAAAUGCUGGAGGGAAGUAGACUGGAUGACAGUAAAGAGGAGAUAUGGAUGGAAAAUGUCCUGGCAGUCGCUCACAAGUGUGCUGCUCCCUCAUUUGAGAGCACAGCUAUGGGCAAGCAAACCAACAGGUCUUGAGUAAGAAGGUUCAAAGAGUGCUGAGAGAGCUGCAGAUGUUAUUGCCAAACCAUUCUCCAUCAUCUCUGAAAGGUCACGGUGUACAGGGGGCUGCCUGAGGACUGGAGGAAAACCAGAGUUGCUCCAGUCUUGCAAAGUUCAAGAAGGAGGACCUAGGAAACUAUAGACCAGUCAAUUUCACCUUCAUCCUUGGAACAACCCAUCCUGGAUGUUGUCUGUAAGCAAGUGGAGGAAAGAAGGUUAUCAGGAGUAGUCAGCAUGGAUUCACCAAGGGAAAUGGGCUGGGUUAGUGGACAAUGAGGUGGAUUGAGAACUGGCUGAGUGGCAAAGCUCAGUGUUGUCAUCAGGCUAGUUCAGGCUUUAGCAAGCCGUGUUCCCAGGGGUCAGUACUGGGUCCAGUCUUUUUCAUUUUAU